GAGAAAACUCUCCUAAGAGUUAUACUGACAGAAGGGGACAUAAGGAAGGUCUCCCUGGCCAAGAAGCCUGAUUCAGUUGACAGCUUGGUUGUUGCUUUAAAAGAGAGUUUGGGGCUUAAUUAUAACUUUUCGCUUCAGUAUGAAGAUCAGGACUUUGGGAAUGCACUUUGCAACCUAACAGACAUAUCAGAGCUUCAAGAUAGAGCUACACUGAAAAUCAUUCCUAUAAUUGAACUAGUACCAUUGAAUCAAGAGGAAGUACUGGCUGACUCUGCAAGCACAGCCGACACAGAGAUACUUUCUACCUCAUCACAGGAAAGGAAAACACAAUGGCCUAAAGAAUUUGAGAUCCCUUCCUUCACAGUUGAUGUUGAAUACCGCCUGCGACAGGGCAACCUGGCCUACCUCAAGGACAGCACAUACCUCAAACUGACCAAAGAACUAAAGCAUGACAUCCUGGAAAAACUGGCUGAAACCAUGUUCAGCUUCAAAGCCUAUCCAACAAAUGAUGACUAUGCUCAGGUUGCUGCUGCUCUGGUAAAUAAGCAUCCAUGUCUUCUGGAAAGUGGUUCAUCUACUGGGUAUGGGGGGUGGAAGAACAGUCUAAAAUUCAAAAUGGGGAAUUUUAGAUCCAAGAUGAGAAACUUGGGAUACCCUGAUGUAACCAUUAAUGGAGGAAGGAGAGGUAUGAACAACCCUGAAGGAAUCCCGUCAAGAAAACACAUAAAAAAGCCAAAGAAAUGUGAAAUCAACUUUCUGCCAAACUUUCCAGAAGGACAUGAUGAUGACAGCCUUGAAUCGGUUCGUAAAGAAACUCAAGAUGAAAUGAAGAUGAGAACACCCAGUCCAUCCCUUCUUGCACAACAGAUGGACCUGACUUAUGCGCUUCGGCGUAAAGAGAUUGUCGAGUCUGCACCUGCAAUCAGUGAUGUGCUUGAACGUUGGCCUGCCCUCUUCCGUGAGCCUCAGUCAGACCAACCAACUGAGGUCCGAACCCUUGUUCUUCGAGGACUGCCUAUCAUGCUCGGAGAUGAAGACUCUUCUUUCUUCAAGUCAUGUUUAGUGUCUGAUCAUCACAACACUAUCUUUGAUGUGCCAGUGGGGAUCUUAUUUGAGGACACUGAUCUUCAGCCUCCCAACUCUUUGCAUUUGACUUCUUCGAUUGGAAUAAUUCUUGAAAGCCAAGUGGUGAUGGAUAAAAUGCAGGACCUCCCACAGGCAAUCUGUCUUCUCUUCGGUCUGAUUUACGCACUAGACCUGAAUUACCCAAAAUCGCUCGCCAACACGUUUGAUUUCAUCCAGCGUGUACUAAUGUCAAUGGGACAGAAUGCUCUCAAGCCUAGAGUGCAGUCUCUGGCAAACCAGCUUUUUGCUUAAGAAACGUCACUGUGAUACUUUAACACCACCCUUUGUUUUGGGUUUUUCUCCCUCGAUU